AUGGUCCACAGAGCGGCGCAUUCGGGCCAUGCGCGGCUGCACAAGCGCGGCCACUCGGCCUCGUCGUCGCUGGCGAGCCCGCUGAGCCCGGUUGCGGACGGCGGCGCCUUCACCUUCAGUCGCUCGGAGACGCCGCGGACGACUGUCGAGGAGUCGUGGACCGACCUGCCGCGCCAUGUGACGGGCGCCGGCCAUCCGCUCAAGAUCAAGCCUUAUCUGCGCAAGCUGUCGUCCAAGGACGCCAACUCGCUGGACCUGUCGCGCCCGGCCGCUGAGAACGAAGGCCUUGCCAGCCUCGGCAUCGCCCACGAGUACCACGGCGCCUACUCACGCUCUAUCUCAGACGUCACCUUCAGUCCCGUCAACCCGCGCCAUCGCCAUACGCGUUCCACCUCGAGCACGUCGCAGUUCUCCACCUCGUCGGCCGGCCUGUCCCGCCCGACGCCCAUGCCGGCCAUCCGCCAGACGCCGCCCACGACCUACCUGCCGCCCGCGUCCAAGUCGUCGCCCUCGUCACUGCUGGGGCUCGACCACGAGGGCGAUGAUAUCAUGUCGGACGAGGAGUUCCGCCUGCGACAGAACGCAUACGAGCCCGGCCGCCGAUCGGGUUCGGUGUCGUCGGUGCCUGGAGUAUCCCUGCGCAUCCACAGCAACAACUCAACCACGCGACUCGCCAACAACUACUCCCAGUCCACCAUAUCCCUGACCUCGCCCGUGGCCCAGGCCCGGUCCCGCGGCGACACGCUCAAAUCCAUCGACACCACAUCGCCCAGCUCACGCACCUCGUUCGACCAGGGCCUGCGCUUCAUCCGCGGCGGCCGUGACUCGCCCAUCGACGCUGCCUCUCGUGCCGCCUCGAUUCGCGCUGCACGCGCAAAAUUCGAAGAGGAGGAGCUCGCAAAGGAGCGCCGCUACGAAAAGGAAGCCAAUCGGCAAGCCGAGCGCGACUACAAGCGACAGGCUAAGAAAGAAGAGCAGCAGCGCAAAUCCGAGACCAAUGACCGCGUCGAAUACAAGCGCUCCCGCAGCGUCUCUGACUCCAACGAGAAGGCACCCCGCCCUUCAGUCGGCGGCCGCCAGUACUCGGACUACCGCGAGGCGCACAUCAACUCGUUGCCCAAGCACGUCAGCACCGUCGACCUCGAGAAAGCCGGCAUCACGCCCGAAGUCACGACCAAGCGCGCCGCCAAGGGCCGCUGGCUGAGCUUCAUCACCUGGCUCAAGACGCGACUGCUGCGCAUGUCUCGGAAGGUGUCGACAUGA